CCGGGCGGGGCGCGUCAGUCAGUGCGCGCGCGAUGCGUUCGCCGGUGCACGCGUGCACUACAGCAGCGUACUAGUAUCUCGCCGGGCCAGCUUGUCAUGGCCAAUUGGUCGGUGAUGGAUCGCGAGUGGCCAUUUAACCAGUUCGAUCCCUACCAAUUCCCCUGCGACCAGUACUACCAGGAGAACCAGCAAGCGCCUCCAUGCAACCCGCCGGCUCAACCGCCUCUACCAACAAUGCCGCCGCCGCCGCCGCCGCCGGCGCAGACUUUCCAGGCUCCUUCGCCGGCUCUUGCUGCCCUGCUGCACCAAGACCAGCCUACCACUUCCAGAGGCCUCCCGUACCCUAGCAUGCCACCACCACCGCUGCCUCGGGGAGACAACCCACGCGAAAUCCGCAAUAAAGCCGAGAAGCAACGGCGAGACAAGCUUAAUCAGUCCAUUGGGGAGUUGGCUUCCAUGGUGCCACCCGUCGUGGCCGCUAGCAGGAAAAUCGACAAGACCGGCGUCCUGCGUUUGACUGCACACUACUUACGAGCGCAUCAAUAUGUGUUUGGCGACUCGAUCGGGAACGAUGAACCGCAGUUCAGCGCUAUGUCUACGCGAGCGCUCCUCACGCUACUCAAUGGAUUCCUUCUCACCACCACGUACCGCGGUCUCAUCGUGGUUGUCUCGCAAAACGUUCAGAAAUAUUUGGGAUACUCAGAGCUCGACCUCUUGGGACAAAGUGUGUUUAACGUGAUCCACGAAGACGACCGCCAACUGAUGCGCGACCAGCUCAUGCCGAAGAAGCACAUGCUGGGGCCGAAUGGAGAACUACUGGUGCCAGAGGAGCCGGAAGGCAAGAAGAAGGUGGCCGACGAGCUGGCUAACGAGAAAAGGAGGUUCAUCAUCAGAUUCAAGAAGCUAAGCCAGCGCUCGGAGCCGUGCCAGUACGUGACGUGCCAUGUCGAGGGCUCGCUGCGCAAGUCGGACCGCGCAUGCCGCGGGUACAACCGCUGCUGCCAGAUGGUGCGACGCGCCCGCGCGCGCGGCGACAAUCCAUGCUCAAGCGGCAAUGAUAUCGUGUUUGUAGGUGUCGUGCGAGUGGCGACAGAGUCUUUCAUCAAGGAGAGUAACAUGGAGGCUCAUCGCAUGGAGUACCGCACACGGCACUCCAUCGACGGACAGAUCAUUCAGACGGAACAGCGCAUCUCACUUGUCACUGGAUACAUGACACACGAGGUCAAAGGAAUCAACGCCAUGAACUUCAUGCAUCGCGAUGACGUCCGAUGGGUGGUGAUUGCACUCAGAGAAAUGUACGACCAACACCGUCUGGUUGGCGAAUCGUGCUACCGUUUGAUGACCAAGAACGGCCAGUUCAUAUACAUGAAGACCAGGGGCCGUCUGGAAGUGGACCCCGCACAUUCGAGGGCCGUCACUAGCUUUGUGUGCACCAACACAGUCGUCGACGAACAUGAGGGAAAACAUUUGAUCAAAAUGAUGAAGAAGAAGUUUAUGCUGAUGGUCAAUAACAACGAGGAGCCGCCGGCGGAGGAGGAAACUAAGGAUGGCAAUGACCAAAGUCUGUCAGUAGAAGAUCCACGACAACUGGAAAAGGUGAUUUUGCACUUGGUGACCAACUUGCCGUCACCUCAAUCGGAGGAAGACCUCCGCGGUGAGUCGCCCGACCGCUCCGUGCCCGCUUCAGCUCGUCUCGCCAUCAUCCCGCCAAAGAAGGAGAGGAUCGUCAGUGCCAUAGAAAAGAUUUACAGUGUCAUCAAGACCUUCCCUAGCGAGAGCAACUCUCUGAAGCUCAAAGAACUGGACAGCGGCGACUCGGCGUCCGCAUCUAGUCAAGUCAUGACUUACCGCAACCCAUCAGCGUCCCACACGCCACAAAUGAACCCCGAACCGGCACCGCAAGUGGUUUUUACUCCUCCGAAAGAGCCUAAAUUGCCGAAUUUCAACGACGUUUAUCCGCGCCGUCACUCGGAGUCCACCGUGACGAUGCAGGAUUUGAAUAAACUCCUGCCGCUCUCCGCUCUGCACAACAACGCGAUGUCAUUGGCGGAUAUGAGGGCUCACAACUUCACGUCGACGGCUACUUUGUCGGUGCAGACUGCCACCAACGAGCCGGGAGGUCAUACGUUCAAAUAUCGGCUCUUUGUGCGUCCUAACAACCCCGCUUUCCAGACGUCGGUGAUCGAUCGCUGCGUGCUCCUGCAGGGGCCGGCGCCCCUAAUCGCCGGGAACAAGCGCCCGAGGGAGUACACAGAUCUGGAUGCUCCCUACGCUCACACACAGCCAAAGAGGAGGUACAUUGAGGUGCAGAAAGAUGAGGACGCUCCCGUCGAUGCUCCGUUGUUGGACUCGUUGCUCGAUGAAGCUCUGAUUGCGUAUCCUCAAAUCGAGACGGUGAUUAAUUCGUUGGAGCAGAACAUUGAUCCAACAUUUCCUGAUUUACUGGUUUCUCAAGAAGUAGAAGAGAUUCUUCACGAAAUCGAAGAAGGCUCUGGCAACGACAAGACGGACACUUAAAUCAUUUUAGAAAUAUACGAGUAUAAAACGGUUCGAAUUUUAUUGGCACGUUUAAUCGUAUAAUCUCUUUAGAUACGUCGUGUCAUUUUUCAAUGGAUCUCUUUAAAAUGUUAAAUGUAAUCUUUCGGUACAGAACCAGUUUUACUUAUUAAUACUUAUCCAUGUUUAGUGUAGACCGAACAAUGUAACUUGUUUUAUUGGGUUUCAGUAGUGGAACUGUAUAAAUGUUAGAAUUGUAAGUAGGUAGGUACUAUCAUGAUAUUGGCAUUUUAGUACAACUUUUUGUUGUUGCUGAUUUUGUAUGAUUGAUCGGCGUUGGCUGAACUAGAUGUCAAUUUUAAAGCUCUAUAACUAACUUCACUUAUUUUAACAGUGUUUGAAUAACACCUCAGCAGCAAACAACAUUAGUAAUCUAGCUCAGCAAGCGAGAGUUUGUAUGCCAUGUAUGUUUCUUAAUGUUUUUGAUCUGUUAAGUUUUAAUUUUGAACCCUUUCUUUAACUAAUAUUUUAACCAUACCUAAUGUCGCGACAAAUAAGCAAUCGGAGAGUGGGUGACUCAGUUAUCAACCAAAACCUGUUGAUGUUAAUUAUUAAUUAGUUGAUAUUUUCUAUGUGUAUAAUUAUUUUUACUUUUCACUGUACAUACUACCAAGGAAGGGCAUCUUACAUUUUACGUUCGAGACAUACAGAAUCUUAAAUAUAAGUUUAUACAUAACGAUGUAUGUUAAUCAACUUAGUAAUUUAAGGUGACAAUGAUAAAUGUAUCAAUAUCAAUUGUUAUUUAAUUAGGAACAACUUCUUAGUAGAGUUGAUAUGUGUCCAGUAUAUUAAAUGUAUACCUUACUUAAGCUAACAAAUUAUUGACGUAACUUUUUAUGCCAAAGAAAUCAUCUAUCUACUAUGUACCAUUAACACCUACUUUGUUGGUGAAUUCAUUUCAGUACAAAAAAGUCACAGUACAAACUCUCUUUGACACAAAAUUGUAAUAUCUUUAGUAGAUCUGGUCAGAGUAGAAUCAAAAUUCAACACUUAUUUAUGUAAUUUAUACAUAAGUUAUUCUCUAUACAAGCAUUGCAAGUAAAUAUUACUUGCAGUGGUUAUCUAUUCUGUAUCUUUAGGUAUAUUAUAGCGUAUAUUGGUGUAUAUUAAAUAAUUAUGUAUUUAAAGGAUGGUCUGCAAAAGGGUAAGGUAAUGUAGUUCUAAGUUCUCACAUAGUCAAGGCAUAUUCAUCAGCCUUAAAGAUAGUGUAGCUCCAUCAACGCAUCACUAUUGAUUGAUUAGAUGCUUGAACCAUUACCUUUGAUUGAUUUAUGAAUGUAUUGAGAGCUGUUGGUUAUAUCUGAAUAACAUACAUUUCUUUAUAUGUGUCAAGUUAGAAUAGAUUUUUGGACCCUUAUACCUGUAUCUUGAUAAUUUGAGUAUUUCAUAGUGCGAGAAUCGAGCUCAAGGUUUUGAAGUUAAUUUUUUUAGAAUUUCUUUAAUCGUGUAUCUCGUAAGACUGAGUAUUUUUAGCACUUGGGUUUUUAUAUGUUAAAUAUAUUUUAAGUAUUUUUACUUAGUUUUAAAAUUCAGCAUUUUGUAUAAUAACCUUGGCACUUUCAAAGAUUUUUGAGCCAAUAAUCGUACUGUAGUUCUACUUAUACAUACUCCCUUCUCUCUAGAAUACAUUGUAUUCAUGAUUACAUCGAUUCUGAUGCCAUUUUUAGUAACGAUUUAGCUUUAUUUGCCAUUGAUAGUUAUUUAAGUUAUCCACGGCCCGCUUGGUGGUUCGUGAACACCCGACAUCAGUGGCGGGUUUGAAUCCUGCUGGGGACAAAUGUGUGAUGACCACGAGUAUUUGUACCCGGAGUGUGGUAUUCAUUUUCAGCUGUUUAAGUGUAUGUAUCCACUAUCUAGUCACCAUAGUACAAGCUCUGCUUAGCUAGGUGAUUGGUGUGAUGUUGGAACAUUUGUUUAAUUAUUUUCGUAAUCAUUUCGUGUAAGUUAAUCUUCAAUUAAAUACCGAAAUUCCUUAUAAUUUGUUUAUCAAUAGGGUACAUGUCACCACUAGUCCACUGACUUUAUUUUAAGAGCGAUCAAAACGGAGUAUACUUAGUCAUUUUUUGUUAGUAAGUCUUGUACUUUUAAAAUACGGCAUUCUGGCAGUACAGUGAUGUCAUUUACCCUAUUCCAUGAUUCAGCAUAGGAGGAACUUUCCUAUGUAGAAAAAUAAAAACGGGGUGGAGCAAGAGAAAUUAUUACUUUAUUUCUUACGGUUCCAUUAAAAUAAAUGACUUUUCGAAUGUAGAGUUGUACCACAGUAUUUUAUCUUCUGUGGUUGUACUUUGACGCUGGAAUCUUAGAAAAUAUUAAAGGAACCGAAAGAAAUUUACGUAUUUUUUUUCUUACAUCGGCCAUUUCUGUAUAUUUCGUCCCUAUUUUAAAGUUAUUAGGUAUUGUCAGAGUAGUGUUGUUUCCGAGUCAAGUCAUAUCAGUACGCCAUGUUGAGAGAGUAUAUUUUAUGGUAAAUUCAUGCAAAAAUAAACUUGAGUUUUUUGUUACUUUUGUCUAUGUCAGUUUAAAAACGGGAACAGUUUUUUUGCUAUUAGCUAAUCAAAAAUAGUUCUUACAAGUAGUAUUGAAGAAAAUUUUAAAGUUCAAUUAAAUUUUUUAAUAAUCUUUUAGAAUGUGAUGGUUAAAUAAAAUUAAUACAAUAAAUAACACGUACAAUGACAAAUAUCCUGAUCACUUCGUGAAUUUAGAUUUAUAUAAUAAUAUGUUACUCAAAAACAAAAUACUAAUUAGUUUUAUACCGCAGAGAUUCUUUGUUUUACUUUGUUAAUGAUACAAUUAUGUCCAUUGUUUUAGUUCAUUCAGAAAUAAUUAUAUUACUGCCAUGUCUUGUCUAAAUUCUUGAUGAAUUUUAUCGUAAAAUAUCUUUUGUUAUUUCUAUAAGUGUGCACAGAGACAACGGGUUCUUGAUGAGAAUACCAUUUAUUAUUGAGAUCGAAUUAAAUUUAAAAGAGUUAACGAAGAAAACAAAAAAACUAUGUACAUUGGGUAUUAUAAUCAGUUACUUACAAUAUGUUCAUGAAUAAUUUAGCAUGGAAGACAAUGUCUAAACAUUUGUAUCAUAAUUCUGAAAUAAACCAA